AUGGCUCGCAACGAACUCCUCCCAACACCAUCUCCAACGCCUUCACCGUCGCGGCCGACAAAAACUUCACUCUUCUUCGACUACGCCGCCAACGGCUCUUAUACCGUCCCACAAGUCCUCGAUCUACUAAAAAAGUAUCAAUCUCACCCAGCCUACUACACCCAUCAGGGCCGACCCCUCGUAUCCACCUUCGAAGGGCUUUCCUCCCACAGCGACUGGCUCACCAUCAUAUCCAAAACAAGCUGCUUCUUCAUCCCGGACUGGUCGUCUAUUUCCCCCGCCGAAGCGGCAAACCACACCGUCAUCGACGGGUUGUUCAACUGGGGUGCUUGGCCUGAGGGAUCUCGCGAGAUUAACACAACGCUGGAUAGGGCAUUUCUUUCCGCUUUACAGUGGAAGGCAUAUAUGAAGCCCGUGUCACCCUGGUUUUAUACGAAUAUGCCUGCGAGAAGAACUGGGUCUGGAGGGGUGAUACCCUCUGGCGGACUAGAUGGGAUCAGUGCGUUCCGAAGGGGAAAGGCGCCCUUCAAUUAUGCGAGGGAUGUACCACAUGAUGGCUGGAGGACGUUUCUUCCGUUCUAUGUGGAGAUGUAUAAGAGGAGUGGGAAUGCGAUUGGGACUGGAAGUGGGAUUCCGGAGGUAAGCCCGGAUGAUGAGGAGGUGGUUGUUUGGUAUCGAAGGGAGAGGGAUGGUAGCGGGUGUAAAGAUGGUGGCACGACGGAGAAUGCGCCCGCCCAGGGUCAGAGGGAGUAUCCUGCUGCGGAGACUGUCCAGGAUAGAGUGUUUUAUUCGGCGUUGUUGGAGAGGGAGGCCGACGUGGAGGUGAGUAUUGGGGGUGUGCGACUCAUGGGGAACUGGAGUCGUGUCCCUGAUGGUGGGAGGGGUGUGUAUACGGGGAGUGUGAAGGUGGAUGGUGAUGGAGAGGUCAAAGUCCAGGUGAAGAGAGAUGAUAAGGUCGUUGCCAGCGUCAAGGGGGAGAGUAUAACCAGUGAUUGUGCUGGGGAUAAUGGGCUGAAAAAUUUCAAUGCCAGGGUGGGCACAUCUGACCUCAGCAGACUGACUUCUACUUCAGCUUGGUUGAUGGUUUGGGGGCUGUUGCUUGGGCUUGCAUCAAUGGAUUUGAUGAGUUGA